CACAUUACUCCUCCUUCUUUCUUUAACCUUUAUGGAACAUUUCACUUCAGGACAUCCUUAAACGAAACUAAACCAGUUCAUCUGCUCUUUAGUUGCGUCAUUAGAGGGAGAAUUAUAAGCAGCGUUUGAAGAAAACAACCUUCAGGUAAUAAACUUUAAAAUGUUAGAUCUACUCGAUAGUUAAAGAAAUUUUAGACAAGUAAGGAUGAAUUACACAAACCAAACACAGACUGAAGCAACUUUAAGAUGAAUUCAGAUGAAUGUGUGUGUGUGUGUGCAGGUGGAUGAGCUCCAGAAUGAGUGUCUCUGUGGAACAGGAAACACAGGAUGCUGGGAGAUUGGUUCAGGGUAAGAGAGUGGACUCAAUGAAGAGUGACAGGUCGAUGGACAAAUUAAGAAAUUUCAGAGAGGACGAAAGCUCUGCUGAUCUCAGUGAGACACGGAGAGAGAGAUCGAGAUCUCCUGAACCCAGCUGUGUGUCCAUGGAGAGUGGGCAGUCAAUGGACACUCCAAAUACCUUCGGAGAGCAGGGCUGUUCCAAGGCUCCUGAACCAAGUGAGAUACAGAGAGAGAGAUCGAGAUCUCCUGAACCCAGCUGUGUGUCCAUGAAGAGUGAGGAGUCAAUGGACACUCCAAACACCUUCGGAGAGCAGGGCUGUUCUCCUGAACUGAGAGUGCAGCAGGAGAGAUCAGACACUACCAGAAGAAAUAUAGAGCUCAUAUUUAAGGAGCUGGAGCACAAAGUUGUCACUCUGGUAAAGAAUCAGCUGAAGAUGUUUGUGAAGAUCCUGAGUCUGGAUUACCCAGCAUCUUCUGAGAAAGAGGUGGAGGAUGAGGAGGAUGAGGAGGAUGAGAGUGGUGUCAGAGAGGGGGCGCUGAAGAUCACACUGCACGUCCUAAGGAAUAAUAAACAGACAGACCUCGCUAACAAACUGCAGACCAAACUGGCUCCUUUUUGCCAAAAGAAGCUAAAAUCCACACUGAAGGAAAGAUUUCAGAAAAUUAAUGAAGGAAUCUCAAAUCCUGGAACCUCAGUCCUUUUGAAUGAGAUCUUCACAGAGCUGUACAUAGAGGGAGGGAGUGGAGAGGUCAAUAAUGAACACGAGGUCAGACAGAUUGAAGCAGCAUCCAGGAGACGAGCAACACAGGAGACGCCCAUCAAGUGCAAUGACAUAUUUAAAGACCAGUCCAUCAGAACUGUGCUCACUAAAGGAGUUGCUGGAAUUGGAAAAACAGUCUCUGUGCAGAAGUUCAUUCUGGACUGGGCUGAAGGGAAAGCAAAUCAAGAUGUGCUCUUUAUAUUUCCACUUCCUUUUAGAGAGCUGAAUUUAAUGAAAACUGAAACACUCAGUCUGAAUGAUCUUCUUAAUAAGUUCUUUAAAGAAACAAAACACUUAAAGCCAGUGGACUAUUACAACUACAAAGUCAUGUUCAUCUUUGAUGGUCUGGAUGAGUGUCGACUUCCUCUGGAUUUCCAGAACAAUGAGAGUGUAUUGGAUGUAACACAGUCAGUUCCUGUUGAUGUGCUGCUGACAAACCUCAUCAAGAAGAAUCUGCUCCCCUCUGCACUCCUAUGGAUAACUACUCGACCAGCAGCAUCCAAUCAGAUCCCACCUGACUGCAUUAACCAGGUGACAGAGGUACGAGGGUUCAGUGACCCUCAGAAAGAGGAAUAUUUCAGGAAAAGGGUCAGUGAUAAGAGCCUUGCUGCAAGGAUCAUUACUUACAUGAAGUCAUCAAGAAGCCUCUACAUCAUGUGCCACAUUCCAGUCUUCUGUUGGAUUGCAGCCACUGUUCUAGAAAGGAUGUUGGGUGAAGAUGAGAAUGUAGAGAUCCCCAAGACUCUCACUCAAAUGUUCACACGUUUCCUGAUCUUUCAGAUCAAACACAGCAGCCAGAAGUACCUUGAUGAAAGCGACCCUGAUUGUAAGAAGACUAGAAAGAUUGUUCUAGCUCUAGGAAAACUGGCUUUUCAACAGUUGAAGAAGGGAAACUUAAUAUUUUAUGAUGAAGACCUGAGAGAGUGCGGCAUUGAUGUCGAAGAAGUGUCUGUGUACUCAGGAGUGUGCACCCAGAUUUUCAGACAGGAGUUUGGGCUGCACCUGGGGAAGGUUUUCAGUUUUGUGCACCUGAGUGUUCAGGAGUUCCUGGCUGCAUUAUAUGCAUUUCUGUCCUUCAUUUGCAACAACCAAAAUGUGCUGCAACACCAAGCCAAGAAUGUAAGAAAGCCAACAGUGUCUAGAUUCCUUAAGGUUGCCGUGGACAAGGCCUUACAGAGUGACAACGGACACCUGGACCUUUUCCUCCGCUUCCUUUUGGGUCUUGUAGAAAAUCUCUCACUGGAGUCCAAUCAGAUUCUCUUACGAGGGCUGCUGCCACUGACCAGAAACAGCAAAGCGAAAAUAGUCACAUUCAUCAAAGAGAAGAUCAGGAAGGCUCCCUCUCCAGAAAAAACAAUCACUCUGUUCCACUGUCUGAAUGAACUUAAUGAUCAAUCUCUAGUGCAGGAAGUCCAAAAGUACCUGAGCAGAGAAGGUUCCAGUGAUUUCACUGGAGGUGGGCUCUCUCCUAUUCAGUGGUCAGCUGUGGCGUUUGUCCUGCUGAAUUCAGAAGAUGAGCUGAUUGAGUUCGACCUGAGUAAAUUUGACAGAUCAGAAGAAUGUCUUCUGAGGCUGCUGCCAGUGGUGAAAGCAUCCAGGAAUAUUGUCCUACACUGGUGCAAUAUAUCAGAGGAAGGUUGUGCAGCUUUGGUCAGCUCUAACCCCUCAAGUCUGAGAGAACUGGACCUGAGUUAUAAUAAACUGCAGGAUUCAGGACUGAAGCUGCUCUCUGCUGGACUGGAAAAUCCAAACUGUAAACUUGAGAAACUGGUGUUGUGGGGGUGUAAUAUAUCAGAGGAAAGCUGUGCCACUCUGGCCUCAGUUCUCAGCUCAAACUCUUCAAGUCUGAAAAUACUAAACAUGAAUGUUAAUGAACUGCAGGAUUCAGGAGUGAAGCUACUCUCUGCUGGACUGAAGAAUCCACAGUGUAAAUUAGAGAAACUGGCGCUGCAAUGUUGCAAUCUGUCAGAUGAAGGCUGUGCAGCUCUGGCAUUAGCUCUCAGCUCCAACUCCUCAAGUCUGAGAGAACUGGACCUGAGUUAUAAUGAACUGCAGGAUUCAGGAGUGAAGCUGCUCUCUGCUGGACUGGAGAAUCCACAGUGUAAACUGGAGAAACUGGUGCUGUAUGAUUGUAAUAUAUCAGAGGAAGGCUGUGCAGCUCUGGCCUCAGCUCUCAGCUCAAACUUCUCAAGUCUGAGAGAACUGGACCUGAGGUAUAAUGAACUGCAGGAUUCAGGACGGAAGCUGCUCUCUGCUGUACAGGAGAAUCCACAAUGUAAACUGGAGAAACUGCACUUUUGAGUACCUGACCUGCUCUUACAGUCUUUCCGGCAUCACUUCCUGUUUAUCAAUGACUGCACCUGUCCAUCAAGCUUCUUCUCUUUGUCACACACACACACACACGUGCACACACACACACACACACACAAUACCACACACACACACACUAAACUGCACUACCUCCAUUCUAAAGACUGUACUUUUACACUAUACAUUCUAUUUUUACUGUAUUUAUAUGUAUCGUUAUAUUUUAUUCCUUUGAUCUAAAUUAGAUUAUAGAUUUAAGGAAUUAAUUUGUCUCUAAAUAUGAUUUUUAUGUUAGCAUUAUUAUUAAAACUUGUGAUAAAAGUGGCAAUUUUAGCAUCAAAGUCAAAUAAUAAAAUUAUGAACAUAUUUGUAUGAGUAUGUUGUAAAAGGGUUAAUUAUCUUUUAUAAUUCUUUAAAAAUGUAAUCAUUCAACCUUAAUCUUGUAUAAG